UCAAAAACCGUCAAAAUGGGUGGUGUCAGUGUCAAGGACGUCGAUGCGCAGAAGUUCAUCGUCGCUUAUGCCGACUUCCUGAAGCGUCAGGGCAAGCUGCCCAUUACAGGCUGGGUUGAUACUGUCAAGACGUCGCACUCCAAGGAGCUGCCUCCCCAGAACAUUGACUGGUUCUACGUCCGCGCCGCCGCUGUCGCCCGCCACGUCUACAUGCGCAAGACCGUUGGUGUUGGCCGUCUCCGAAAGGUCCACGGUUCCACCAAGAACCGUGGCUCCCGGCCCUCCCACCACGUCGACGCCUCUGGCUCCGUCGACCGCAAGGUCAUGCAGGCCCUUGAGAAGAUUGGCGUCCUGGAACAGGACGAGGAGAAGGGUGGCCGCCGCAUCACGCAGUCCGGCCAGCGGGAUUUGGAUCGCAUUGCCCAGACAACGCUGGAGCGGGAGGAGGAGGACGAGGAGUAGAUGCUGUGCUUCACUUCAGUAAAAAAAGGGAUUUACGGGCUUUGCAUGGGUGCGGGGCGAUUUAUAUUAAACGGUUCACGGCUUAUGGCGUUCUCACUUGACGCUGGGACAUGGCCUAAGUUUUCGAAAUGAUAUCUGGGCUUGGCCUGAACGGCAGAUCACUUUUUGUCAUUCGGAUCGAAAUGUGUUAUGGAACUGAUACCCCUGAAGAGGUUCCUGCAUCCGUCGUGACGUGAAGAAUCCGAGCAUGCACUAGAUGAGUCGAGUUGUCUACUGUACGCUCCAAUCUAAAAUCGAUGUCCGCAU